CCCUAGUGUUGCCAUCCUGAUGGUUUAGGACAGCUGUACUUAUUCUGGAAUUUAGAUACUUGAGGACAGAGAUUCUGUUUCCCCCGAAGUCUUUUCUUCUGACCUUCGGUUAGCUCUGCUUCCUUGCUUGCUUUGGCACACUGGCUCAGUUUGCUUCGAUUUGAGGUCCCCCUACCACCAUCCCUUUGGCUCGGGCCCCUGGGGUAAGACUUUUUUAGAUUUAACCAGAAUUUCUCAUUUAAACACGUUACUAAGUCCCCUUUACUUCAGCACUGUCACGGUUGUGAUUUUGUGUGUGGUUGUCUCUUCUAGGUGUCUCAUGAAGGCAGACUUCUUGUGAAUUCACUGUUUAGUUGAAUGUGUGGCCCCUGGCAGCCACUCUUACUGUGUUUGUGAAGUGAUUAAACCCCACAACCCCACAUAGGCAAGGGGCUCAGGGGAUGAUACUCAAAUGUCAGGGCUGUGUUUGCCCAGUCUGGUGUCCCCGUGUGCCUGGGGUUGGUGGUAAAGAAGCAGGGGAUGCAAAGACCCUUGGAUUACCCUGGGAAUUGGGGAGUUUCCCCAACCCUGACCUCUGAUCUUUCCAUAAUUUCUCACAGGUGUCUGAGUCAAGACAAGUGGAUCCCACCCUCCAAAUCUCAUGAUUGAAGCGCCAAAAGGAUCCCUGUGACUCCAGUCCAGUGCCAUGGGUCACCUGCCAUGCUGUAGCGUCAGAUUGGAGCUGGCUCCGAAGGACGUCUGGGGUGCUAGUGUGUGUCCUGAUUUCAGGAGGCGGUGACAUUUGGCGACGUGGCUGUGCACUUCUCUCGGGAGGAGUGGCAAUGUCUGGAUUCUGGUCAGAGGGCUCUCUACAGGGAGGUGAUGCUGGAGAACCACAGCAGUGUGGCUGGACUAGCAGGAUUCCUGGUCUUUAAGCCUGAACUGAUCUCUCGGCUGGAACAAGGACAAGAGCCGUGGGUCCUUGACCUACAGGGAGCAGAGGGGACAGAGGCACCAUGGAUUUGCCAGACAGAUUCUACUAUUAGAACUGAUCACAAGCAGAACUGUGAGUAUAUGAACAUUCCCAAAAGGCAGAUUCCUGGCUUUGGAGACAAUUUGGAUUCUAAGGUCUGGUCAGAGAAUUGCUCAGGUGGCCUUGGGCUAAGAGUGAGUGGCUCCCUUUUCCAAAAGCAGCAUUUGAAUAGUGAGACCAUGGCUCCCAAGGUCACGGUCCAGGAUUGUAAGGAGCUGCCGGCCACUGUCCUGGGCUCUCAGCCUAAUGAACAGAGAGACAGUGAGAAAGAGACAGGGGAAAACUGUGAAGUGUGUGGUAGAGUCUUUAGACCAACCUUGAACCUGGAUCCAUAUCUGGAAGUGAGUGUGCAGGAGAAACCAUUCAGAUGUCAGGAGUGCCAAAAACAAUUAGCUGACCACUUAGAGGAGAAAUGCACAAGUAACCUCCCUGGGAAGAAGCCUUACAAAUGUGAGGAAUGUGGGAAAGCCUUCAGGCUGUGUUCACAACUCAAUCAGCAUCAGAGAAUCCACACUGGAGAGAAACCAUUUAAGUGUGUUGAUUGUGGGAAAGCGUUCCGUCUGAGCUCCAAACUUAUUCAGCAUCAAAGAAUCCAUACGGGAGAGAAGCCUUACAGAUGUGAGGAAUGUGGGAAAACCUUCGGGCAGAGCUCAAGCCUUAUCCAUCAUCAGAGAAUCCAUACAGGAGAAAGGCCUUAUAGUUGCCAAGAGUGUGGGAAAGCCUUCAGCCAGCAGUCCCAGCUAGUCAGACAUCGGAGGACUCACACUGGAGAGAGGCCCUACCCCUGCCAGGAGUGUGGCAAGGCCUUCAGCCAGAGCUCGACUCUAGCCCAUCAUCAGAGGAUGCAUGCUGGGGAGAAAUCUCACAUGCCAAGAGCUUCAGAGAGCCCAAUCCUUAUUGCCCAUGAGAGAAAUAACACUGUAGAGAAGCCAUUUAAGUGUGAGGAGUGCGGGAAAGCUUUCAGGUGGAUCUCUCGCCUGAGCCAGCACCAGCUGAUUCACACCGGAGAGAAACCCUUUAAGUGCAGCAAGUGCACAAAGGCCUUUGGUUGUAGCUCACGGCUCAUUCGCCACCAGAGAACUCACACCGGAGAGAAGCCGUUUAAAUGUGAUGAGUGUGGGAAGGGCUUUGUCCAGGGCUCCCAUCUCACUCAGCAUCAGCGAAUCCACACAGGAGAGAAGCCGUAUGUGUGUAAUGACUGUGGGAAAGCCUUCAGCCAGAGCUCUAGUCUCAUCUACCACCAGAGGAUUCAUAAGGGAGAGAAGCCAUAUGAGUGCAUCCAAUGUGGGAAGGCCUUCAGCAUGAGCACACAGCUCACCAUCCACCAGAGGGUUCACACCGGGGAGAGACCCUAUAAGUGCAGCGAGUGUGGAAAAGCCUUCAGUCAGAAUUCAACCCUUUUCCAACACCAGAUAAUCCAUGCUGGCGUGAAGCCCUAUGAGUGCAGCGAGUGUGGGAAGGCCUUCAGUCGGAGCUCAUACCUUAUUGAACACCAGAGAAUCCACACCAGAGCCCAGUGGUACUAUGAAUUUGGGAACGCCGUGGAAAGUAACACCUUUUUGAACCCUAAAAAAGUGAACACUGUAAAAAAACUGCACCAGUGUGACGGCUGUGAGAAGAUCUUCAGGUGGCGUUCGCACCUGAUUAUACACCAGAGGAUUCACACAGGAGAGAAGCCUUACAAGUGCAGUGCUUGUGGCAAAGCUUAUAAUCGGAGCUCAAGGCUCACUCAGCACCAGAAGAGUCACAUGGGGUAAAUCUUCAUUCACCCAAAUGUCGUGGUUACUCCUCUGUUGCUGUGAUGACACCAUGGCCGAGGUAACUUUCAAACAUUUAUUUGGGCCGUACAGCUCCGGAGAACAUUCAUGGCCAUCAUGGUAGGGGCAUGACAGGCAGGUAAGCAGGUAGGCAUGGUGUUGGAGCUGUGGCCGAGAGCUCACAUUUGGAGACAGUUAUUAGGCAGAGAGGACUCACUGGAAAUGGCAAGAAUCUUUUAUUUUAUUUUAUUUUAUUUUGGUUUUUCGAGACUGGGUUU